AUGGAUAGUCAUUAUUACAUGAGAAAAACAAACUUGUUUCUCACAGGAAAAUUUCAAAGCAAAGAAACCAAAAAAUGGAAAUUCACAGCGCAAUUACAAAAAUUUAGGGUUCCCAAUGAUGGAUGUAAUGAAAAUGAACAGACUGAUCGACCCAUGAAUCUGCAGGAUUAUUACAUUGAACGCCUUGAUAAUCAUGAACCGCGCAUGGGAACAGGUAUUUGGA